AUGCCAAAUAUACUCUGCUGCCUCGCAGGCUCAGCCGCCAGAGCUCCUCCUUCGACAUGGCCUGGUCUCUUUACCCGCGUGAGACCGGCGGCGGCUGCUGCUGCUACCUCUAGUGUAGCGCGUCGCAUCAGCUCCCUCGGACCUUCUUCCAACGCCAAUCUGCACGCCAUCACCUGGGCUUGUGCAAAGCCAUAUCAUCUGACUCCCGACACUAUCGCUUCUUCAUUCCCAAAUAUCCGUCCUGCAUCGACCCAGAACCCAAUUACCCCGGUCCUCUUUGCAUCGCCAGAGUUUGCAUCAUGGACGGAUACGUCCAACUCCCUUCUCGCCGACUGGGUGAAUCCGUUGUUUAAGCAAAUUUAUCCGACCGGAUCUCCCGCCGUCGUUUAUACCGUCGCAGCCGUGGUAGACAAAAUAGCAACCCAGCGGAAUGACAACGCUGUGCAGAAUGCUUCAUUAGGGGUAGAAGGUCUAUCUCUGCUCCUUGUUAAUGCCUCCGAUAUCACAGUCUCUGCCGCACAGCCUGCCCAGAUUAGAGGCGGCAGCCCUACCGAGCCUGCCUUUUUCUUUUCAACACAAACGACCACUUCUGAUCACCGCGCAAUUAGCGAGCAGGAUGUGCAUACCUCUCGUCAAGUUGGUUUGCGAUUGGCAAAUACAGUAUUUGUCAACGGCAAGGACAGAACGUUGCUAGGAAUGCGGUGGACGUACGAUACUACAUCCAAUCAAUACGUCCUGGAUAAUUGGAAAGAUCUAGCGGUCUGCGACGUCGACUUUGUAUCUGAAAAUGUCCGCAGUUCCGUCAAUACUCCGCUCCACCCGGUGACCAGCCGUAGAAGCGUCGUGUCUAGUAUGGGAAACAUUCUGCGCCAGCUAUCCAACACCCCGUCCACAGGCCCAAGUGGCGCCAUCCCGGCCUCGUCUGAGCUGGAGAAAGAGCUUCCCAAAUAUGUGAAUGAACUUGGCAUACCGCAUCAGCGAGUAGCAGUAUGGGCACUUGUCGAGCCGCUCAACUCGCUUCUAUCGGAAACAAAUCACGACCGAAACAACGUGGAACGGUCGAUCGUGAAUGGAAGCAGAAUUCACCGUGUCGUAAGCGGUGGCGGAGGAUGGGGCAAAAAGCAAGGCUUGCUCUCCUUGGAUCCGGAAAUCAGCUUUCGCGAUGAAUCGAUGCAUCCACUUUCAUUAGAUCAAGUACUGUCAACACAACCUUCCGCUGUCAAGUCGGACGAAGUACCUGAUAUCUCGGAGCUUUCAGACCUUCUGGGAAAAGGGCUCGAGGAGAAGAUAGCGUCAUUGUCUCAGAUAACACCCGUCGGAGAUAGCAUUCAAUUUUUGGUUGCUACUGAGUCCGAGGCUGUUGAAAAGAUAGCAGGCCAACAAGAGGAUCAGAAUAGCCAUGCAAUCUCUUGUUCAUUCGGCGUGGGCGCCUCUGUUGGAGCAGAACUGGUGAUUCCGCAAUCUGCGCCUGCUCAAGACACACAAACCUCGGCCGACUCAUCCGAAAAUGUGCUCGUCAUUCCUAACCAUUUCGGUGGUGUGUCCGAGACAGCAAUUAGCUAUUCACAGGGGACGACAUCAGGUGUUUCUAGCGAAGCUGGAAAAUGUCAGACAAAACUAUCCGUGCCCGGAUCACGGGUGGACCUUUGGCUGUCAUGA